AUGCCGGACGACAACAGCCAGAUCAAGAUCGGAGCGUACCUGCUCGAGCGUCUCGUGCAGCUCGGCACGCAGAGCGUCCAAGGCGUCCCUGGCGACUUCAACAUGGGCUUCCUCGACCUGAUUGAAGACCACCCGGACCUCAAGUGGAUCGGCAACUCGAACGAGCUCAAUGCCGCCUACGCGGCCGACGGCUAUGCACGUGUGAAGCGGACCAUCGCUGCUGUCGUCACCACGUUCGGCGUAGGCGAGCUGAGCGCACUCAACGGGAUUGCCGGCAGCUUCUCGGAGCGGUUGCCCGUGAUCCACAUUGUCGGUGUGCCGUCGACGGCUGCGCAGGGUUCCCACUCGUUGCUGCACCACACGCUGGGCGAUGGGCGCUUUUCGGCGUUUGAAAACAUGAGCAAGGAGAUCUCGGCGGACAGUGCGAUCCUCAAGUCGAAGCAGGGAGCGGGCGAGUCGAUCGAUCGCAUCCUCGUCACUGCCAUGAAGACGGCGCGCCCCGUCUACCUCGCGCUGCCAACCGAUUUGGUGCACGCCACCAUCCCCGGCGCGGCUCUCAAGACCCCGCUCGACUACAGCGUCGACGACAACGACGCCGACGCCGAGCAGUACGUGCUCAAAGUAGCCCAAAAGCACAUCGCCGACGCCAACUCUGCCGUCAUCCUCGUCGACGCCUGUGCGGCCCGCCACGGCUGCAUCGCUGAAACCAACGAGCUGAUCAACAAGUCCGGCCUGCCCGUCUUCGCCACGCCCAUGGGCAAAGCCAUCGUCGACGAAGACCAUCCGCAGUACGGCGGGAUCUACGUGGGCAACCUCACCAGCGAGCACGUCAAGACGGUCGUCGAGCAGGCCGACGUGCUCAUCACGCUGGGCAGUCUCAAGUCGGACUUCAACUCGGGCAACUUUUCGUAUCGCACGCCCAAGUCGAGCACCAUCGAGCUGCACUCAGACUACACAACGAUUGGCUACUCGCACUAUCCGGGGAUUGGCAUGAAGAAGCUGCUACCCAAGCUGAGUGCGCUGCUCGAGGCGGAUGGCGCGAGGCGAAGGGAGGAGACCAAGAAGGUGGUGCCCAAGUUUGAGAACGUGCUGCCGGAGGAUGGGGAGCCAACGAUUACGCAGGAGUGGCUGUGGCCGCGCAUGGGCCAGUUUUUCAAGGAGCAGGACCAGGUGAUUGUCGAGACGGGCACGUCGAGCUUCGGCAUGUUGGAGGCCAAGCUGCCGGCACAGACGCGCUGGGUGUCGCAGGUGCUGUGGGGUUCCAUCGGCUGGUCGGUCGGGGCCACACUCGGGGUCGCGCUCGCCGCUCGCGAACUGCAGCUCGGCCGCACCCACCUCUUUGUCGGCGACGGCUCCCUGCAACUCACCGUGCAAGAGAUCGCCACCAUGAUCAAACACGGCCUGACACCGUAUCUGUUCGUGCUCAACAACGACGGCUACGAGAUCGAGCGCCAGAUCCACGGCCCGCAGCGCAGCUACAACGACAUCCCGCCCUAUGACCACAGCUUGCUGCUCGACUUUUUCGGCAACAACGCAUUCCACUCGGACGCUCAGAGCCACCGGAAGGAUCCCAAGCCCAGCAGCAAGCAGUACUACCGCGUGGCGAGCAAGAGCGAGCUCGACAAGCUCCUCCGCGAUGACGAGUUCAACAAGCCGCACAAGAUCAGGCUCAUCGAGAUUGUCAUGCAGAGGGGCGAUGCACCCAGGGCGCUCAAGAGGCAGGCCGAGGCCACGGGCCAGGCGAACAAGUACGAGUAG